CAUCAUUCAUCAAAAAACGUGUCCACAAAACAAGAUAAGAUUUUUAGAUUUAGCAAAGGAGUGGUCACAGAGAGCUGUUAGAUGAAGAACUGCAGCUCCUCAGCAAGGUAACAAACUUAAGUCUACCCUGAUAUUGUGUGGAAAAACUACUCACACUGUGUGCAGCAUGAAAUUGCUGUUGCAAUUACUUUUGACUGACUUCUUAUUAAAACAUUAGUUUUUGGUUGCGCUCUGAAGUGGUACACCGGUUGCUCCUUGGCUGUAUUUCUGAUGAAGUAGCUGCUCAUGGAGUAUUUUGCUGUGUUAUUAACCCACACUUCCUGUUACCAGGACAGAAAUCUUAAUGAUUACAACUUUAACGUCAACACUGGACUUCCAUAGUAAUGCUUACCUUUUAUAGUAAAAUGGCACCGUACAGUUAAGCUGUGUGACAAAAAGAUUUUUUAGAAUGAGUGUGAAUAAAGCAACGUACAAAUCUGUAAUGAAGUAAUUAUCUUAGGUAAGCACUAUAGAGGUGGUCAUCGGCUCAUAUAUAACCACCACUUGGACACAUUCAAAUUGGUGAGACCAUGCUGAAAAAGAAAAAGGUCAAAUGAUUUUGCAUAAUGGCAUUGUUUCUUCUACCACAAAGAUAGCGCACUUUUAUCUCACAAUAAUAAAAAUGUACAGUUUGAAUACAUACCAUCGCAUGAUUAGUUAUCUGCAGUUCUGUGUUUAAAAUGAAACUUCAUUAUGAAGAUAUGGAGAGCUAGAACUUUAAAUUCACAGGAAAGUAAUCACCCCUGUUUCCUGUGAAGAGGUGAGGGAAAGGGUUGGAAAAGUUUGCAUAAAGGCUUUGAGCUGACAUGACAAGAGUCACUUUAUAUAUUCAGCACAGACAACGUCAGAGAAAACACAACGAGUUGUACAGUUUGACAGUAUAACAGUGAUGGAGAAGACAGGAUUGGUGAUCUUACUGUCUCUAGCGUUAUUGACACUUUCAUCAUGUGCUAUCAGGGAAUACUACCAUGUGCAGCUGUUGAAAACCUGGACCGAAGCUCAGAGUUAUUGUAGAGAGAAUUUUGCUGACCUGGCAACCAUAGAGACCGAAGAGGAUUGGGAAAAAGUGAGAAAACUAUUUGACAACUCUACUAGACAUAUAUGGAUAGGACUUUAUGAUGAUAUUAACGGCUGGAGGUGGUCCAUGGACAAUACAUAUCUCUACAAUGGUGGCGACACUACACUUGGAGACUGGUUUGCUUUAGCAGUGAACAGCCACCAAAGUGCUGAGCAUUGUAUAGAAAUAUUCCAGGGCACACUAUAUGACCAGAGAUGUGAGAAAUCACGAAGACCAGUGUGCUAUGAUGAGACCUCCAAAACAUACAUCGCAGUUACGACUCCUAUGACAUGGUCGUCAGCUCAGAGUCACUGCAGGAAGAAAUACACAGACUUGACCGGCAUGAGAAACCAGCAAGAAAAGGAAGCGAUCAUGAGCGUGAUCGAUGAUCAACCGCAUUGGAUUGGUUUGUCCAGAGAUUCUUGGAAGUGGUCUGACCAGAGUAGCUCUUUGUUCAGAGCCUGGUGGACUGACGAGCCCAACAAUCAAGGUGGAAGAGAAUUUUGUGCAUCCAAUUUUAUGCAAGGGUGGGCUGAUAUUCCUUGUGACUACAAAAGUCCAUUCAUUUGUUCAGUGAGUCCCACAAUGAAGCUGUUGAAGGUUGUGCUAAAACCUGAAAGAUCUGUGGACCUGAAUGAUCCCCAAGUGCAGGAAGCUGUUCUGAAGCAGAUGGAGAAACAUAUGAGAGACCAGGGAAUCCAGAAGUUCAGACUGAGCUGGAGGAAGCAACCAAAUGGAGAAAUCUUCAAUAAGAGAGAGGCUCAACUAUAAAUGCUGUCUAUUACUUGUUUGUUUGUUUUUUUUAAUACAAACAAUUAUUCAUCCAAUGCAUUCAUUUAGACUUAGCAAAAACACAUUUCUUGGUAUUCUUUACUUCUAAUUCAUAUGCAGAUUAAUGAUGAUGAAUAGUGGUGAAAUAUAAUUUGACAAUUUAUGUUUUGAAAUAGAUUUGAUAAGGCUGGCACAACAGAACUGUUAUGCAAGGAAACACCAAUAUAAUAACAGCGCGAUAAACAAUAAUUAAAGCGCCACUUAAACAAACAAAAAGUACAUAAUUGGUGUAGAUAACUGUUUUGCUGUGUGAUUCACCUGCCUGUUUACUUGUGCAGGUGAUCGUUUGUACAACUGGGAACACCUGUGGGUGUUCCCAGGUUAUUUAAGUCCUGGCUGCAGCACAGCUCACUGUCUCUCGGACUCGCUGCCACUCACUCCCUGGUUUGCUUCAGUUAUGCUGUUUUAGUUUAUGCUAAUGUUUUGUUUUGUACCAUACAACACCCACACACAUCCUCCACUUAUGCACAUCAUACACUACUGGCUCUACUGAUUUCCACACUCCAUAUUGUGAAUAUUUAGUUAGCUUUUUAAUUUGGUUUAAUUUAGUUAAGUUGAGUUAAUAAACUUAUUUUCUGUUAAAACAUUAAGCAUGGUUUGUCUCCCGUUUUGUUGUGGUCAAAGAGCGGGUUCAUAACAUAUGUAUCUGUGCACUUGUUAAA